AAGCUCAUGAAAAUCAAAACUCCACCCCAACUGACGCAACAUCCAUCAGAGCUGGAAGACAUGAACACAACAGUGUAAUUUUCAUAACAGAAAACGUUACGGUGUGAUCCUUGUCGUCCGGGAUGAUGAAUGUUUGUGAAGUGUCUGUAUGAAGGGAAUGUAGAGGAAAUGAACGGUAAUUCAGAGAUGGAUCAUGAAAUGAGAAAUGCAUCAAGUUCCAGACUUUUAAUCGUAACUACUAAUGAUUUUGAAGCAGACGCAGCAGGUAUAAGUUCGCUGAAACAUGCCAUAGAUAUGGCGAUCUUCAUUAUGACCGUACCGACACCACCGGUCCUUUGUAUCGUGGGUUUGUUGGGGAACUUCCUGAGUUUUAUCCUCAUGCGCCAGCAGAAAUACGAGAAAAGCACUGCCUGUUUCUACAUGCGCUGUUUGGCCGUAUUCGACUGCUUUUACAUCUAUGGUCGAAUGGUCCUGCGCUACCUUCUGUCAAUGGCGCCACAUCUCUUUGUGAGCAUGCACGUAAAGCAGCCAUUUUGUUUGUACUAUUUCGUGAGUUUCAGGAUGGGUGUGUUUUUGUCGCCCUGGAUGCUAGUCGCCAUGGCAUUGGAUAGAUUUCUUGCUGUCAACUGGCCGUUGAAAGCUGUCAGGUUCCUUACAAUGGGUCGCGCGAAAAUAACGGUGGUUAUAGUAAGUGGAUGCGGUGCCGGGUUCGGGCUUGCCCAAUUGACACGCACCUGGCAAGAGAAGUACAGCCAUUGGCUUUGCCCGUAUGAAUAUGACCCACCAAUGGAUUUAAUCUACUCGUAUAUUGGCGGAGUAGUUGAGACCUUCUUGCCAAUUUUCUUUAUAUCAUUUUUCAACAUAGGCAUCCUUUUGGCUCUCCAUCGUAGCAGUCAGAACAAAAUGCUGCAGAAGCCUGAACGAAGCUCUAGGGAAUCGUCGAUUAACUUGGCGACGUUUUUAGUGACGAGUUCGUUCAUUGUGUUUCGUAUUCCUGCAAAGGUGAAUGAUUUCUUCUGGGAGUACUGGCAAGGGGAGGUGACCCCUGACAUAGUGCAAUGGAAGAGAUUCUCUCUCAAUGUGGGUGUGCUUUCAGAGAAUAUGAUAUAUUGUCUAAACACUUACUUGUAUGUGUUAGCAUGUAAGCGCCUAAGGCAGGAAAUGUUUGAAAUUAUUCGUUUUUGGAGAAUCAAAUGAAUACUA